UUGCUGUAAAAGAGUGUUUUCGUACGAAGCCGGAACAAAGAUAGAACGAUUCGUUUGGCACUGGGAGGGCUGGGAACAGCUGAUGGAAAGCCGCUGACAGUGCGCCAAUGACGGGGUUCCCGUGCGUUCCGGAGAAUUUGCGGUCCCUGGUGGACCAAUUACGUUUGCCGAUAGCGCAGCGAAGACGAAAGGCUAGGGAUCUGUGUGGGCGUCCCGCCGUCAUAUCAGUGCCCCGAAUAUACACCAGCGGAGGAGCUGUGGCCAAUGUUACUACUGUACUGUUGGGCGGUGGUUCGUCUGUUGCCGUCAGGGCUACCAUCGACUUUUACCCCCCGAACACAUCCGACACGGCCACGGGGAAUGAAUCUCAGAACGCGUCCGGUUCUCCGUCGAUAUGCAUCGUGACGAGCAGCCUGGACGACUUGCCGCCCGACCUGUUCACCGAGGAGCAGCGACUGCAGGGUGCCAUCGUGCUACACUUUCUAGCCACGAUCUACUUCUUCAUGCUGCUGGCGUACGUUUGCAGCGAGUACUUCCUACCGUCGGUCGAAUGUUUGUGCGAAGAUCUAAAGCUGUCGCAGGACGUGGCGGCCGCCACCUUUAUGGCGACCGCUACCUCAAUGCCGGAGUUCUUUACCAACACAAUCAGCACGCUGGCAGUAGACUCGGACAUUGGUGUCGGCACGAUCAUGGGCUCCAUGCUGUUUAAUACCUUGGGCGUUGCCGCACUCGUUGGUUUGCUCACAAAGAUGCACGUGCAGCUGGAUUGGUGGCCACUGACACGCGAUUCCAUUAUCGUCACCAUCUCCACCACGCUGUUGGUCGUGUGCGUGUGGGACGGUCGCAUCGAGUGGUACGAAGCGAUGCUCUUCAGCAUCACUUACGUGUUGUACUUUGUGGUGAUGUUUAAGAACGAGUCGUUAAAAAGGAUUGCCAUGCACUACAUCCAGAACCGGUGGAAUCUUUGCGGACGGUUGGAGCCAGAGCCUGAGGACGGCACGAUAGACGACAAGGUGCCGAAGAAGUACAACAUAGCCAUCUUAGGGCACGCUAUAAAUGGAGUCCUCGUUGGGAUGGAUGUUGAAUCGGCCAAGAAGCUUCCCCCGAGUAGUGAGUCUUCUACGAGUGCACCGAUCGAACCGGUUGAUCCAUCUCGCUCUAACAGUUCAGUGGAGUCGGUGAAAAGUGUGAAGUGGAGCGAGUUGACCCAACUUCCAGAAGCGUCUUUUGCUGGCUGGCGAACGAUUAUGUGGAUUUUUACCUGGCCGUACCGGUUUGUCGUGUUCCUGACCAUACCGGACCCGCUUCGCUUCCGUAAGCUUUACCCGCUGACGUUCGUGUGCUGUAUUGGGUGGAUCGGGGGGAGCGCCUACCUGGUGUUUUGGAUGAUCUCGGUCAUUGGCAAUACGUUCGGCAUACCGGACACGGUGAUGGGCAUAACGUUCCUUGCGUUUGGCGGCUGUAUGCCGGAAGCAGCAUCUGCAAUCACGCUUAUUAGGCGAGGUAAUGGCGCAAUGGGUGUUUCCAACUCACUGGGAGCAAAUACGCUCGCAAUAUUGUUCUCACUCGGAUUGCCCUGGUUUAUCAGGACAAUGAUCGACGGCGGUCCGUCGACGGGAGCGUACAUUGCGAUUCAGUCGUACGGUAUCCAGUAUUCGGUGCUCGCCCUGUUCGGAGCUAUCUUUACGCUCUACGCCGUACUGUACGUUGCCAAGUAUACGCUGCGAAAGAUGGUGGGACUGGUGCUGGCCGUUGGGUAUCUCGUGAUCGUAACGUUUAUGAUCCUAGUCGAGCUGGAUGUAUUUUUCCCUGCCGACAAUCGAUGCUAGGGCGUGGACAUCUCGUCGUAUAGAUAGUUAAAACGGGAAAAACUGUAAUAUAAAUAAAGUACGAAGUAGAGUGUAUAGGACACUGAAGCACGUGGCUAGGGGUGUCGUUCGUAGUGAGAAUGCAAAGAAAGUUUGUACAUUGUUAGGACAAUAGCUCCACUGAAUGUUGAAUUUAGCUGCUAGGAAACUCAAAUUAUUUUUCGGCUCUUUGGAAGAAGAGACGAAGAGCAUAAUGAGCAAAAUGAGUUGCUUUGU